AGCAUAGUAGACUAGAGAGUGAGAGACGGCUUCAUACUUUCUCUCUCUUCUCUUUUCUCUCUAUCUCUCUCUAGGUCUUCGACGCGCUUCUCUUUUUUUCUUCUCUUCGAUCUUCGAUUUCCACUUCGAUAGCUGUUGUUUUGCUGCAAGUUCUCAAGGAUUCAAGGUUUGGAUGUUCUGUUUACACCCUCUCUUUCUGUUUGAAGUUCGAUUUCGAGUUCUGGGGUUCAGUGGCGGCUUCUGAUCUACGCUCUUCGAUUGGGUUUUUCUAUGUUCUUCAGUUGUUGUGGGGUUGUUACUGCGAUUCAAUCCAGUGCGUGAAGUUUUGUUACGUGGAGCUGUUGGGAUUUACUGGAAAGUUUGUCAGGCUACGGUGGAGGUGCAUGAUCACGUCCGUGUUCGGUUAGUGACUGUAGUCCUGAAGAAGCAGAAUUGAUCCAGGGCGCUAGUGAAGCAGCCAGCUUGUGGUUUACAUUGAUGGAUAUGAGGACGGAAAAGAAUAUUAGAUACCCGGAGAGAUACUAUGGAAAUAGUUCCUUUCACACUGCCGGUGAAUCAGAGGGUUCUGGUAGCUCGGGAAGAAUUGACCCUGAGAUUGCUGCUUCGGAAGUUUCUAGCACCCCAAUGAGAAGAUGUGUCAGUUUUAGUUCUGAUAGCCGGGAAGGUUUGCGAGUUCCAACCCAAGUUCUUCCCUUGACAAGCCUGUUGCAGUCUGAGAGGAAGGACUUGGUUUACAGGUUGAGGAACGAACUUCAACAGAUUCAGACCCUCAGAAAGAAAGUAGAAUUGCUUAGAACGCAUAGUUUUACAGUUUCAUCUUCAAGUGACAUUCUUAGCUGUAGCAAUGUACACAAUGGGCCGUCAGCUGAAUGCGUUAAAAAUACCUCAAAUCUGACUUCAGGGCAAUGGAAGAAAUCUAAUGUUCCAAGCCAUAAGAAAGGGCAAGCAUCCAGUCGGGUUGCUUCAGAUAAAGUUGGGCCUGCUGCGCAAGCAUCUGUUUCCAACACCCCAAAUGGCACUUCAGCAAUUUUGAUGAAACAGUGUGAACAACUUUUGAAAAGAGUAAUGUCGCACCAGUAUGCCUGGGUAUUUAACACUCCUGUUGAUGUAGUAAAAUUAAAUCUCCCCGAUUAUUUCACAAUUAUCAAGCACCCAAUGGAUUUGGGAACGGUGAAAUCUAAGUUAUCUUCUGGAGCAUAUUCAAGUCCAUUGGAUUUUCUUGCUGAUGUGAGGCUUACUUUCUCUAAUGCGAUGACUUACAACCCACCUGGCAAUGAUGUGCACAUUAUGGCUGAUGUUCUCAAUUCAUAUUUUGAUAUGAGAUGGAAGGCUAUUGAGAAGAAACUGCCAAAAAGUGAUGGUCAUGCAUUGCCAACUAAAUCUAGACCUCGAGAAGAUGCUGAGACGGUUAGGCACAUGCCUCUAAAAAAGAUGAAAGUUGCUUCUAGGCCCCAAGAAGUAACACCCAUUCCCUCCAAGUGUGUAAUGACAGAUGAAGAAAAGCUAAAUCUAGGGAGAGAGCUGGAGUCACUGUUAGGAGAAAUUCCCUUGCAUAUAAUUGAUUUCUUGAGAGAGCAUAGCUCUGGUGGAAGGGAAUGUGGAGAAGAUGAAUUUGAGAUUGACAUUGAUGAUCUCAGCGAUGAUACACUUUUCAAAUUACGGAAGCUACUAGAUGAUCAUUUUCAGGAGAAACAAAAGAAUAAUGCUAGUGCUGAACCUUGUGUGAUUGAGUUGCAGAUGUUGAAUGACUCUGGAGUAAGCAACUCAUCAAUGCAACCAUCUAAAGGGAGUGGGCCAGUUGAUGAGGAUCUGAAUGUUGGUGGACAUGAAGCUCCUGUUUCAAGCUGUGCUCCUAUGGAAAUAGAGAGAAGUGCUAUGGAUGCUAUCCAUAGGAACAGCAAAUGCACGAGCUCAAGAAAUUCAAAGGGCGAUUCAGGUUCUUCUUGUUCUGAUAAUGACUCUGAGUGUGAUAAAGCUCCAAUUCAAGUACAUGAGCAGGUUCCAGAAACUAUUGGCUCUGAAGGUCCAAUAAUUGAAACUACAACCUCGGAUGAACCAUUUGAAAGGAAUCAAUCUGAAGGUGGCUACGAACAACUUGAGCAGAUUUCCAGCAAGCCUUGUUCUACCGAGUCAGAUUGCAAUCAGGAUGGUAACUAUGUUGCAUCUGAGAAGCCUGUCUCCCCUGAGAGGCUUUACCGGGCUGCUCUGCUAAAAAAUCGAUUUGCUGACACAAUUUUAAGAGCUAAAGAAAAGACGAUGACACAGGGUGACAAGGGUGAUCCUGAGAAGUUGAGACGGGAGAGGGAGGAACUGGAACUGGAGCAAAGGAAAGAAAAAGCACGAUUGCAAGCAGAAGCAAAGGCUGCACAAGAUGCACAAAGACGAGCCGAAGCAGAAGCUGCAGCCGAGGCUAGACGAAAGAGGGAACUUGAUAGAGAAGCAGCACGACAGGCAUUGCUCCAGAUCGAGAAAACCGUUAUAAUAGAUGAGAACUCCCAAUUCCUGGAGGACUUGGAGAUGCUUAGAUCCGCUCCUACUGAGCAGUUGGCAAGCUCCGGGGAUGAAACAAGCCCCGAUCACUCGCAAGAUCACCUGGGCAGUUUCAAAUUUGUAGGGAGCAAUCCAUUAGAACAACUUGGGUUGUUCAUUAAAGCAGACGAAGAGGAUGAGGAAAUCGAGCCAAAUUAUGUCUCAAACUCUAUAAAAGACGUAGAAGAAGGUGAAAUUGAUUAGGGAUAAAAUAGUGUGGGAUGAUGAAUUCAAUGAUAUUAUUGGUCAAGUCAACGAAUGGAAUCCGUUUAACUGAAAGAAAUUGCUGUGUUGCUCCUAGUCCUGAUCAUUGACUAUAUUUAUUUAGGUAAAAAAUAGGAUAGAAGAAGAGAGCAGUUGUUUCUGAAUAGAAGCAUCAUUUUGAAUGGCUUCUGAUUUGGUUGGUGGGGUGGGGUGGUGGGGGGUGUUUGGCUUUUGCUUGUGAUUUGCAUAUUAGUUUUAGUUUGUGAAAGUGUUCCCCUUCGCCUUCGCCUUCGCCUUCCCCUUCCCCUUCUUUCCUUUCAGCGCUUGUCUGUGUGUUGUACAUUGAUACUUCAAACAUACAAAUGGAUCUGUGAUAACAGGAUUUAGUUUUAGCGUCAUUACAUUCUGCC